UGCGCCGCAGGAAAUUCAGGACCGGGCUCCGCUACGCUAUCUAAUGAGGCACCAUGGAUUCUGACGGUCGGCGCCAGCACCAUGGAUCGCUUACUUAGAACAACGGUGACACUUGGGAGCGGAGUGGAGCUCGAUGGCGAAUCUGCUUACCAGCCAAGUAGCUUCCGCUCCUCCCAGCUGCCUUUGGUCUACCCCGGAGCGAGCGGUACUAGUGCGGCUUUCUGCUCUAAUGGCUCGCUGGAUGGGAUCGACGUCCAGGGGAAGAUCGUGCUAUGUGAUGAAGGCAAUGUGGAUAGGGUGUCCAAGGGCGAAACUGUGAGGAGCGCCGGAGGGCUGGGCAUGAUCCUCGCGAAUCUAAGGGAAGAAGGGGUCACCACCUUUGCUGAUGCUAAUGUACUACCGGCGUCGCAUGUGAGCUACUCCGAUGGCCUGACGAUCAAACAGUACAUCAAUUCAGUAUCGGCUCCCACGGCGUCGAUCACCUUCAAAGGCACAUUGAUGAAAACAAAGCCGGCCCCGGCUCUCGCUUACUUCUCCUCGAGAGGGCCGAGUAAGGCCGACCGGAACAUCUUGAAGCCCGACAUCGUCGGUCCCGGGAUGAAUAUUUUAGCUGCAUGGCCCUUCGAAGUCGGACCUUCCGACACCGCCACCAGAUAUAACAUGAUAUCCGGCACCUCCAUGGCCACCCCACACCUCAGUGGAAUUGCAGCUCUGCUCAAAAGCUCACAUCCAGACUGGUCCACGGCAGCAAUCAAGUCUGCGAUCAUGACGACGGCCGAGUUGACGGCCAAUGAUGGCAAUCCGAUCACCGACGAGACAGGGACUACGGCGGACUUCUUCGGCAUCGGUGCUGGCCAUGUCAACGUAUCGAGGGCCAAUAAUCCGGGCCUCAUAUAUGAUAUCAAUCCUGAUGUCUACAUAGCUUACCUUUGCGGUCUGUCAUACACUGAUAUGCAAGUGAGCGUGGUUGCUCGCCAUUCGAUCAAGUGUUCCGAUGUCGGGAGCAUCGCCGGCAAAGAUUUGAACUAUCCUUCCUUCAUGGUGUUCUUGAACGCCGGCAAUGGCUAUACGGUGGAGGUCACUCGGACGGUGACCAAUGUGGGAGCGCCGAUCUCAACCUACGACGUAGAUAGCACAGCUAUUUCAGAUCAGGUGAAGGUGGAAGUCAGACCCACGAGGCUCUCGUUUACCAAGGCCCAUGAGAUUCUUCUCUACAACGUUACUUUCAGCAGCAGCGGUAGCAACGGAGGAGUUAAUUACCAGGGAUACUUGAGGUGGGUUUCAUCUGAUGGCGGCAUAACUGUUAGAAGUCAGAUGAUGGUAUCCAUUAAUUAGUGAUAUCUC